AUGGAUCCCCUCACAGCCAUCAGCCUUGCCGGUAACAUCCUUACAUUCAUUGAUUUUUCCUAUAAAGUCAUUCACGGAGCAAAUGAGGUCCUUUCUACUUCGAAUGGCAUGACCCCCGAGAAUGAACGCCUGAGUAUCUUGGUGAAAGAUUUGAAUGUGGUCACACAGGACUUGGUCACGAACAUCCCUGCCCGGACCGAAAACGAAAAGCAGCUCUGCGCCUUGGCUGCAAACUGUCAUGCAUUGUCAGGAGAGCUCUACCAGAUCCUUCGACGUUUGAAAGUGGGAGAUAAAAAAUCGAAAUGGGAAGGCCUGAUGGUGAAGUGGCAUAGUAUGCGGAAGGAGAAGGAUAUUGAUUUGAUUGAGCGACGACUGAAUGGGUACCGAUCUCAGAUUUUGAUCCGGUUGCAAGUCAUGUUCAGGUACGUCUUCGGGUGA